CAAAGUCUCAAAUAUCAAACACUUUGGUCUCUCUCUUCCAAAUCAUUGAGACAAAACGAAAGAGUUGGUCGUAGCAGCGAACAGGGAAAACCGGAAAAGCCGCUCAGGACUAAGGAACCCGAGUUUGAACGUUGAAAUUGCGUCGCGCAAUGUGGUCACAAUCACACUCGUCGGAAUCUGACGCCGUUGAUUGUAACUUGAAGGAGACGGAGCUCACGCUGGGACUUCCCGGUACCAAACGUUCCUUCUCCGACACCGUUGAUCUUCAUCUUGCAACUUCGCUAAAUAAAUCAAAACUCCCAACACCCAAGGAACAAGUGGUGGGGUGGCCGCCGGUGAGGGCAAGCAGGAAGAAUGCUAUGAAGAGUUGCAAGUUCGUGAAGGUGGCUGUGGACGGAGCUCCUUAUCUAAGAAAAGUGGAUCUUGAAUUGUACGACAGUUACGAACAUUUGAUGACAGAAUUAGAGAGCAUGUUUUGUGGCUUAGACAUUCGCAAUCAUUUGAUGAAUGAGAGGAAACUGAUGGAGUCUGGAAAUGGGAUUGAAUACAUGCCCACCUACGAGGACAAAGAUGGUGAUUGGAUGUUGGUCGGGGAUGUACCAUGGAAGAUGUUUGUUGAAUCAUGCAAGAGGAUAAGGCUUAUGAUAAGCUCAGAGGCUAUUGGCCUAGGUCCGAGAUCUAGUUCAAAAUGUUCGGGUUCCACCUAGAAGAAUAUAUAUUAGUUUAAUAAUAAUGAUAAGCACUUAUAAAGUAUGAUGAAAUAUGUAUCCAUGGUGCUUUUGUAUUUUGUAAAUGUCUCCUUCAAUUAGCACCUCUUAGUUUAAAAAAGCUAGAACCAGUGAGAAAAUAAAUAAGGGAGGUUGGCAUGUAAUUAAGAUUAUGAUCAUGGAUCGUUAUAAGAGUAAGGUUGUGUAAUGUAUUGUAAUGCCUUUGGCUUUGUGCUAACUCAUCAUGUAUCCCGAUUUUGCAGUUUAGAUCCAUUAUUCAAUUAUCAUUUAAUUG